AUGUCCCCACAAGACAACGUCACUGAACAAAGAAGUGAAUUCACAUCUUCCGCCGCAAGCCCCACUGCCGCCUCGACCAAUGCCGCGACCUCCCCAUCCCAGCAAGCAGCUUCUCUAUCCCAUAUUAUUUCUCGCGAAGCUGCCACCCUCAACUUGACCCACCCCACAGCUUCCCACCAGGAAAAAUCCAACAUAUUGAGCGGCAUGAUGGGGGAUAUCUUCAAGGAGGCGGGUAUCGAGGGAAACUUCAAGCUGAUUACGCGUUUGAGAACGGAUACGGAGAGUAUGGGGAGGCAACACCGGGAGGGGGACGGGGGUGCACGACGGACCGAGGAGGGUGAGCAGGCGGCGUCUGCCUGGGCGCAGUCGGAUACUUGGGCAGGAGGUGAAGGGAAACCUUUGAUCCGUCUACGCGCCCUCCUGUUGUGGAGGAGGUAG